ACAGGAGGACCUGAACGCCCUCUUGGCGGGUGGCAACACCAUCACCACAACGGAAGAGACCGGCGGCGGCCUGCCUCUGCUGCUCUCCGCCCAGCCGGAGGCCAACUGGCUGCAGACGAAGCUGCCGGGGCUGCUGAAGACCCCCCUGCAGAUACAGACCGUCUGCAACUCGAUGAUCGACGCGCUCGACUUUGAGACGGACCCGGUGCUGAUCUGCGAGUACCUCGACUUUAUCGCCUCCCGCGUUGCCAUUCCCGACGAGAAGCUGGUGCGCAACACCUCCGCCCUGCUCAUCAAGCGCCCGAAGAUUGUCUCCUACAUUCUCUCCUCCGCUUCCGCCUCCUCCGAGCUGCGCGACAAGUUCCUCGACUCUGGGCUGCGCAUCUUCUACCUCUACCUGGACAGCGUCCGGCGGAUCAACUUCAACGGCCGCCGCCCGGAGGAGUGGCGCUGGGUGCAGUUCGCCUCGGCGCCGGAGACGCUGCUGCCCCUGCACCCGCACAUCCUCCAGGGCGUCAUUCUCCUGCUGUCGGCGGUGGAACGGCGCCAGCGGAACGCCAACGCCACCAGCCUCUUCUGGCUGCUCUUUGGCGAGGACGAGCGCACCGGCUGGCCGCGCACCUUCGCCGACGCGGAGCAACGCCAGCCGGUGCCCCUCCUCGACGAGCCCCUCACCCGCCGCCUGCUCACCGCCAGCUCCGCCGAGGUGCUCCACCUGGUGAUUGAGCAGCUGCGGCCCGGGCAGCUGGUGGGCUACCUCGACUACUAUGGGCUGUCGGUGAACGCCGUGACGCGCAUUCUCCAGUCGCUCGACCGACUGUCGGCGGCGGAGAUUCGCCAGCUGCGGGCGCUGCCCUUUGACCGCCCAAAGAAGCUGGCCGCCCUGCGUCUCUACUGGAGCCAGGGUGUGGUGCAGGGCGUCAAGUUUGCGCGCAAUCUCCUAAACUACAAGGGCGACUGGGAGGGGCCGGUUAAGAACGAGGACUCUGAAAUGAGUGAAGCUAUUGACAAGGAUGAUGUUAGCAAAGGAUUGCCGUCCUCGCUGUUCUCCAAGUCGAAGAAGGAGACGCAGGCGGAAGGAGGAGCUGGCACCUUCAAGAAGGACGACAUUCUGAAGAUCUUCAAGGAGAGGGACGUGCUGCGCAUCUCACAGCUGACGCGAGCCAUCGCCGCCGAGCUGGAGGACACGAAAAGUGCUACCAAGGCGAAGAAGCUGACCCGCCUCUUUCUGAGUGAGUUUAGUGGCAACCUGCCCUCCCUGGCUAAUCUCAUUGUCGGCGGCGCCUUCAACUCCAUCUUCAACGUGAUCACCAUUCUGGCGGUAAAGGACCCGAAGCACUGUGGCUUCAACUCGGACCUGACUGCCCUGCGAAAGUCACUGCUCGCCCUAGAGCUCGAAUCAGUGGAGUCAAUUGAGGACACCUCUUUCUGGCUCUUCUUUGACCGCUUCUUUGCCAAGGAGCCCUCGGCGAAGGGCAAGAAGGUAAAGGCUUCGAAGAAGAAGAGUGCAGCAGCUUACCAGCUGCGGACGCCCGAGCACCUGGACAAGUUUCUGCGCACCUUUGUCUUUGUCGCCAGCGAACAGGCGCAGAAUGCCGCCUGGUGCGAGGUGUACAAGGACCUGGCGGUGGAGAAGUACUACAACAAGGACACGGAGCUGGAGGACUCGAACUCCUUCCUCCAGUCGGUCAUCUUCUCCCGAAAUCGGCCGUACUUUCUCUCGCUCCUCCUCCACAAGUCGAACUUCUCGACGAUGAACCACUGCAUCGACUACCUGCUCAGUGAUGACCACAAGGACGAGGACGAGGAUGAGGAGGAUGGAGAGGGUGGUGAUAAAGAAGACAAAAGUGAUGAGAACGACGACUCCGAGGCGGGACAGCAGCUGAACCCCAGCGCCAUUCUCGACUUUCUCACCAUCUGCCUGAGCUCGCCGAAGCUGUCCAUCGGCAGGGAUGACCGCGGCUCGGACAGCGGCUCGAAGGUCUUUGCCAAGGCGGAGGACGUCCUCCAGCUCAGUGAACGGCAGAUUCGCAAGCUAAUUCAGUACGUCAUUCUGGAGAAUGCGGUCGCCAAGCGGACCGAGCUAGUGGUGAAAGGCUGCUGCGUGGACAAGUCCAAGGUGGACUUUGUGGUCGGCCUGCUGAGGGAGUACACCGAAAAGGGCGACGGCUCUGAUGAGAAGGUCGCGCUGGAGUUGUAUACCAGACUGUACCUGCACAUUCCGAACAUUGACCUGCCGAGCAAGCUGGACGACGACCAGCUGGAGCUGAUUCAGAGCGGGCCCUGCUUCAUGGACAAGAUCACCCACAACCUGAUCACCUCCUUCAUGUACGUCGACGGGCCGCACAUCGUCAACGAGGAGCAGAUGCGCAUCUGGGAGCUGGCCAUCCUCAAGAUCGCCUCCCGCCACCCGCUCCUCCUCAUCCGCCAGCUGACGAUGAUACCGGCGCUGCUAGGCGGCAAGGUGAGCCUGCUGAACUACGAGGCCUUCAAGAGCCAGAACCUGCUGAAGAUCUUCUUCAAGUUCCUGAACAUCCUGCGGCUGCUGCGGCCGCACCUCUGGGCGAAGCAGAGUCGUGGUGUGAUGCAGAUUCUCGACCUGUACAUGGACUUCUUCCUCACCUAUCACUACAUGCCGCGGCACCACCGCUCCAAUGAGGAGCUCCUGCCGAUGCUGCACAUCUUCAUUGAUCUCCUCGACGACUGGCUGAAGCACGACUCUGACCAGGCCAACUACUGGAUCAAGUCGCAGAAGGGCGGACUGACUGAGCUUUCUCUGGCGUAUCCCCUCCAGGGGAACAUGAUCAAGUCGAUCAUCUCCGGGCUGCACACGCAGCACCGCUUUCUGCUGGCACGUACCUGUCAGGACAGCCUGGUGAAGCUGCGCGGCGCCCAGGCAAGUCAGGACAAGCUGAUCAUUGCGCUGGGGGAGAUCUCCAAGCAGUCGGAAAGAAUGCCCGAAGUGGCAGAGUACUUGCUGGAUGAGAUUCGCUCCUGCUUUAUGAACCCCUUCACCUGUGAGGCUGCCAUCAAGCUGUCGCUGCGGGGACUGCAGCACAACCCCAACCUCUCCCGGUCGAUCAUCAGCACCUACCUGCGCUGUCUGCAGUCGGACUCAUCUGAUGUGGUGAAGCAGGCGCUGGAGCAGGUGCCCAAGUUUGUCAUUCUGGCACAAGAAUACCGUUACCUGAUCAUGAAAAAGGCCUUUGAGCUGGCCAUUCGCGGCAACACCUCUGCCCUGGCCAAGGUCAAUGAGUCCUUCAUUGCGCUUAAAUCACAACUGGGCUGCUAG